AGCCUCUCUCUCAGUAGAGUUGGAUUCCAGAGAGAGAGAGAGAGAGAGAGAGAGAGAGAGAUACCCUUUAGCGUUGUUUCGUCUUGUGUGUGCUAAACCAACCAAACCCAAGCGACGCCGGUGGAAGUCGUAUUGUCUUCUCUUUCCAUUCCAUUCCACACUACAAACAGCUGUCAUCCUGGAUUUUGGUCUCAGCCGCUACGCAUCGCUAUCCGGGGAUUAAAACUACACACCGUUCAUCAAUAUUGCUUAAAAUAAUGAAGCACGAGUAGAUGGCAGUCAAAGUUGAGGAUUGUCAAUUACUUCCUUUUGAUUACAGGAAGGAUCCAUCACUAAAAUCUGCUGAAUAAAUCGAUCAACUUCCCUGUUGUCAGUAAUGGAAGUGGGAGCAGCGGAUCCUUAUACAACAAAUCCAGGUCCAAUUGAUGGUUCAGUUCUAUAUGAUCAAGACAAGCAUGUUUCAACUGCAGUUUGGGAAGGACAGCAGGAGCGCGGAGCCCUCAGAUGUCAUGAACACACUUCAAAACUUGAUCAGUGGACACUUACACCUAAACAGAUUGAAUUGGUAGAGAAAGCUGGAUUCAGAUACUUACGGUCUAUUCCAGCUAUUAGUCUAGAUAAUCCACUUAUCUCUGCUCUAGUUGAACGAUGGAGACGAGAAACAAACACUUUUCACUUGAAUGUCGGUGAAAUGACGGUAACCCUCAAAGAUGUCGCACUAUUGAUUGGGCUCGCAAUUGAUGGGGAACCUGUUAUAGGUCUUACGCAUACCUCAUGCAGUUCCGUUUGUGAAAAGUAUCUCGGAAGAGCACCAGAAUCGGGUUACACAAGUGGCGGGAUGGUGAAGCUAAGUUGGUUGAAAGAGUUCUUUUCUCGAUGUCCCAAUGAUGCUCCAAUCGAAGUGAUAGAGCAACAUACUCGUGCUUAUCUUCUUUAUCUUGUAGGUAGCACCAUAUUCUCGACCACUACAGGAAAUAAGGUCCCUGUAAUGUAUUUGCCGUUAUUUGAGAAUUUUGUUAGAUGCGGGCAAUAUGCCUGGGGAGCAGCAGCAUUGUCAUUCUUGUACAGAGCACUAGGCAAUGCAUCACUAAAAACUCAAAGCACCAUCAGUGGAUGUUUAACACUACUGCAGUGUUGGAGUUACUUUCACCUAAAUGUGGGACGGCCAAAGCUUAAUCUCGAAAUGAUGCAUGAUCGAUUUCCCUUUGUGCUUAGAUGGAAAGGAAAACAAAGUGGGCCAACUGCAAAUCGUGAUGUAGUUUUUUAUCGGAAGGCUUUGGAUUCUCUAAAACCAUGCGAUGUAGAAUGGCUCCCCUACCGAAACAUGGACAGUAUGGUGAUUCCAGAUCAUAUCAAAAGCACUUUAAUUCUUGGGAGGUCAAAGACAAUGCUAAUAUGCUUUGACAAGGCAGAAAGACAUCUUCCGGAUCGAUGCUUAAGGCAAUAUGGCAUGCUUCAAUCAAUUCCGGAUGAUGUGGAGCGAUGGGAGAGGAAGAGUAGAGGAGUUGAUGGCGGGGUUGAUUUGUCCGGGAAAAUGGAAUCAGAACUUACUGAAUGGAUGGACCGUCAGCUGCACAUUGUUGAUGGAGAUGAAGGUGUUGAUGAAAGCGAGUACAUGGAUUGGUAUAUGAGAAUUACCCGCAAGUUCAUAGGGAGGCCUAUUUCUCUGUCAUCCGAGUUUCAGAGAACGAAAAUAAACAAAUGCUUGCAGAAUGCUGGUCUGAGAGAUAUUGCACACAUAGCAGACACCUUUUCAACAAAAGGGUUAGAUCCACAACAAAUCGAAUCAAUAUCUCGGAUACGAUAUAUUGCCCAUGAAUGUUUGAGAGACCAAUUCAGUGGUCCAAGGAUAGUAACAUCAACCCCGCAAGCUGAACAUGGAAAAAGGGUAAGGGGAAAAGAGAGGAUUAGAAGAAAAGGUGGUGCGGGUAAACGAUUGCGGAAGGAUGGCGCGGUUCAAUAUAAUGUCGUUAGUGACGAUGAACAACCUGAAUUCUAUGGCACUGCUAUUGAUGUUGGCCAAUUGCAUCUAAGUCAUAUGGAUAGAGAGAUGGACAAUCAUGCACAAUUAUGUACCGUAGAAAGUGCAGUUAGUUCUGUCCAUAUGAUUCAUGCAGAUGCCAAUGCUGAGAAUAUGCACCUUUGCGAUGCACACCUCAGUGUUGAUCAAUCAGAUCUUGUUUAUGAAGAUGAUGAAAACGAUGAUGAUUUAGCUGCCGAGUUUAACCAUGAUGAUCUAAAGCAAGAAGCUGAUGAGGAAAUAAAGGAAGAGCUUAACCAUAUGACUGGUGAGGAAAAUAUUGAUGAGCUACAUGCAGCUACUGAGAUUCAUCAAGAUCUACGGCCGUGUGAUCAUAUAAUGAUAGAUGACUCACAGUUUUGUGAUGUAAGUCACGAUAUCAACAACACAACACUUUCAGAUGACGCCGAUGACAUCAAUCACACACAUUUCGGUGACCCCGAUGAGGUCGAUCCACUAGAAAUCAAUCCAACAGAAGAUUUUGUUAAUGCUCAACUUUCUCAUGUUAAUGAUAUAAGUGAACCACCAACAUCUGAUAUGGCAGAAAUGGAAGUAUCUCAACAUUCUUCCAUUGAAACUCAUGGGGAUAUUUCACAGAAAGGUGAUUGUAGUGUUGCUGUAUAGAGUGCAUACCUUACAUACAUUAUUUGUAGAGAAGCAAAAUGCAAAUUUUUUUAGGCAGACUUAAUUUUAUGAGAGGUGAUCAUGCCCUGUAUAAUUAUUUAUAUUCAUUUUUUGAUGUGUCGCUUGCAUUUUCCUUACAUUAGUGUGUAGUGGAUGAUUUAGAAACAAUCAUUGCAUAUAUUAAAAUUGAAAUUGUAUAUUGAAAUAUUAAUAUGUGUAAUGCUUGUUACUGA